AUGCCUAGAACGUCUGCAUUAUGUCGUCCGUUCUCUUAUGAACCCGAGAUCUUGUAUGACUAUCGAUGGGCCAAAGGGAUGCGAUUCUCAGCAGCAAGAAUUGCUGGUGCCUUGAACUUGUCAUCAACACAGGAGAUCGACGCAUUAUGGUAUGAUAACGCGGAAACUCGGAGAAUUGUAACCAUAUGGUCGGACUUCGUCAAAAAAGAGCAGGUAGUUGUGGAUUUUGAGAAACUUUGGCGACGAGCAACUAUGUUUAUGGAUGCCAUGACAGCUCCUGUGCCCCCACAAAUCGGUGUGCAGAAUGUCACUCAAAGUAUAUUUCAUUUGGUGUUCGCGAGCUGGUGUAUAACUCAGCUCAUGCGUGUGGUCCCGACACUAUUUCCCCGCAGCAAUCUCGACACGAUUCCACCGAAGCUUGAUGCAUACGACUUUUUGCAUGCAAGAUGCAUUAUUCUUCGGGGGCGAAAUGUGCGGAAAUCACAGGCACGGUAUACUAUGCCACCACGUGCUGCAAUGCCAGUGAAAUGGCACCGCGAACCUAGUACUGACAGACUUAAUAUUCCAUCUCCCGUAUCUGCCAACAGGAUUGAAGAGCCACCAACAGCAUUGACCUCCACAACCGCACUUGAGCCCGAGCAUGCGCUUCCGGUUACCUCGGGCGGCGACAAGAUCGGUUCACCUAAAGAAGGAGCCAUCAGUGAUUACACCGGCACUCGUGAGAUGCUAUAUCAAUUUGCUGGCAAACUAUGCGAGCAAUUUCAACAGGUCCAGCUCUCAGUCGAGUCUGACGAAGCUCAGAAAGAUGGAAAUGGCAGUACCCAGUUCGCUGGUAUCGAUGGGCUGAUCGAGCAAUAUACCAAGAUAAUUGGAGGGAGAUGCAUUGGGGAGACCAUUGCCAAAAACCAGCCUCUUGGCCAGCUUGCCAGCCACUGUGCUCAAAUGAGCAACCAGAUCGCUGGGGAGACCGGCCGUGUAGAAGAGGCUGGCCCUGGCGGAGACAUUGGCCCCGGAGUAAAGCACUCCGGCAAACAUUCCCAGGCCGCUCCAAGGACGCAAAUCAGCUGGCGGAAUAAUGGUGUUUCCAAAAACAGGACUCGACCAUCCAGAGUUCACAACACAGGAUCGAAUGAACGUAUCCAGGCGGCGUUCAAUUCGGAACUGGCAGGUACUUCGAACUCGCCAGACCAGUUGGAUGCAGUCAACUCGAGCAACGUAAUCGAGUUGGACUCGAUAAUCGAAAUUGAUCUGACAGAAGAUUGA